AUGCCGUACGACAACACCACCGUCGCAAUCACCACGGCGCUGACGACGUUUGUGACGGGCUACGUCUUCGGCCUGUACACCAGCCGCGGGUACCUCAUCUCCCCCGCGCUGCAGGCCGAGCGCCGCGGCAACUUCCAGGACCCCGUCGAGAGCGAGGAGAGCGACGUCGACGAGGACGACUCGCUGCUGGAUCACGCGCCCAAUUGGACCAACGGCGAGGAUGCCGACGUCAAGCAGGGCCUGCGCUUCAGUGCCGACAAGGCGGCGGCUCCCAAGCUCAAGCUCACCAACGAGGAGUGCAAGCUCGUCCUGGUAGUCCGCACCGACCUAGGCAUGACCAAGGGUAAAAUCGCCGCUCAGUGCUCCCACGCCACCCUCGCCUGCUACAAGGCCCUCGCCGGCAACCCCGACCCCAAUUCGACCGAGCGCAAGAUGCUGGCCCGCUGGGAAAAGUACGGCCAGGCCAAGAUUGCCGUGCAGCUCAAGAGCCAGGAUGAGAUGCUCCAGCUGUGCCGCAAGGCCCGCGGCAUGGGCCUCACCGCCGAGGUCGUCAAGGACGCCGGCCGCACCCAGAUCGAGGCGGGCAGCAUGACGGUCCUGGGCGUUGGCCCCGCGCCCAAGAGCCUCAUUGACGAGGUCACCGGCCACCUGAAGCUUUUGUAG